UGCGCUGGAGCCCGCACAGCCCUGCGGAGCUGGAGAUCGCGGCCGCGGCGGGGGCGGGGCGAGGCGGCGCGAGGCGGGGCGAGGCGGGCAGAAGGCGGAAGGGCUGGGUGCGAGGUGCGGCCUGAGCGCAGGGGCCAGCAGCGCGGCCGGGGCUCACGUCAUGGCUGCGCACAGUCGGGGCACGGAGUUCGAUCUUAGUUGGAUUUCCAAAAUACAGGUGAAUCAGCCGGCAGUUCUGAGACGGGCACAACAAAUCCAGGCUCGAAGAACCGUGAAAAAGGAGUGGCAAGCUGCUUGGCUCCUGAAAGCUGUUACCUUUAUAGAUCUUACUACACUUUCAGGUGAUGAUACUUUUUCCAACAUUCAAAGGCUCUGUUAUAAAGCCAAAUAUCCAAUCCGUGAAGAUCUCUUAAAAGCUUUGAAUAUGCAUGAUAAAGGCAUUACUACAGCUGCUGUUUGUGUUUAUCCUGCCCGGGUAUGUGAUGCUGUAAAAGCACUGAAGGCAGUAGGCUGUAAUAUCCCUGUGGCAUCAGUGGCCACUGGCUUUCCAGCUGGGCAGACUCACUUAAAGACACGAUUGGAAGAGAUCAGAUUAGCUGUGGAAGAUGGAGCUUCAGAAAUCGAUGUGGUAAUUAACAGGAGCUUGGUGCUGACAGGCCAGUGGGAAGCCCUGUAUGAUGAGAUCCGUCAGUUUCGCAAGGCCUGUGGGGAGGCUCAUCUCAAAACCAUCUUAGCAACAGGAGAACUCGGCUCUCUCACUAAUGUCUAUAAAGCCAGUAUGAUAGCAAUGAUGGCAGGAUCAGAUUUUAUUAAGACCUCUACUGGAAAAGAAACAGUAAAUGCCACCUUCCCAGUAGCUAUAGUAAUGCUACGGGCCAUUAGAGAUUUCUUCUGGAAAACUGGAAACAAGGUAGGCUUUAAGCCAGCAGGAGGCAUCCGCAGUGCCAAGGACUCCCUUGCUUGGCUCUCUCUUAUAAAGGAGGAACUUGGGGAUGAGUGGCUGAAGCCAGAACUCUUCCGCAUAGGUGCCAGUUCCCUGCUUACAGACAUUGAGAGACAGAUUUACCAUCAUGUGACUGGCAGAUAUGCGGCAUAUCAUGAUCUCCCAAUGUCUUAAAUUGGCAACCUGACCCAGAAAAGUUAUUUGCAACAGUGUUUAAAGUCUUUUUUCUGCCUAAUUGCUAAAACUAUUGAAAAAUAGGGGAAUAGGUAACUGAUUUUUUUCCCCUAAGAUGUUCACUGGUCUUAGAGGAUGAAUGAAAAAGCAAACUAAUCCACAUGUGGUACUCAUUUCAGGCAUGUCUGAAAUGGUCUUAAUUACCAGAUGAUCUACACUAUUAAUUUUGUGAGUUUUUUACCCUAAAAAUUCUGAGUAAAAUGUUAAUGAUAACUUGGACAACAUCAAAUUCUAAGGGGGGAAGAAAAAGUUAAACUGCCCACAUGUGCUCCAGAAAAAAGAAAAGAAAAAAAGAAAAAAGCAACAUUGCUGAGCUGCUGCUGUAAGGACUUUAGGAGCUACUGAUUUGGCAGUAACUUUCCGUCAUGAAAACCCAUCAGUUUUUGCAAUGAACGUGCUCUUUUAUUACUAGUUUUACUAAUGAAGUUUCUGACAUCAUUUUAUGGAACUAUGAAUAUCAUUGAAUUUUUUAAAUAAAAACUCCCUGUGGUUGUUUCUUUUUUAAAAAACCAGUUUACAUAUUAAAAAAUUAAUUCAUGAAACAUAUAAAGAGGUUUUAUCGGUGACUUUCUGAAUAUCUUUAGUAGAUUCCUUUGUUUUAUAUAUCAGACAAAGCACCUUAGUACAUUGUGAGUGAAUGUAACUCUUAAGGUUUUCUGGUGAAGUGAAUAGGGUUCAGAAAGCAGCAAACACUAAUAUGGCACUUACUGUGUACUAAGCUCUUUACCUAUAUGAAUUUAUUUAAUCCUUAUUUAAUCAUUAUAAUGCUAAGAUAAGUACAGUAAAGUUUUGUAAUCCUUUCAGUAGUAAGUACUGAUAUUAUCAUCCUUUUAGGCAGAUAAGGGACUGGGACCAGAACUUAAGCAACCUGCCAAAGGUUGCUCAAAGUUAGCAGAGUCAAGAAUCAAGCCCAGGUGGGCAUGCAGGCUGCUAGUCUAUGCAGUCUCCAUGUGUGGCUGUCACACAGCUGGAUGCACAGGAACAGAGCCCACUGAGCUCCAGGGAGUGGUGAUCGGCCUCAUGCUCUGCCAGCUCCAAUGUCCUCUGUCUCCCUUCCUCCCACCUCCAGCCUUGUUGCUUGCUAGCAUCUCUACCACAUUAUAGAACCUAAGUUUCCUUAAAUGGUGAUUUACAUCAAGUCUUUUUUCCUUCCCUGAACAAUGGUCCAGUUACUCAUAAGCAAAAAUCCCGGACUGGUAGCCUGCUUUAGUCUCCUCUCAUCUGCCAGGUUCCAGUUAAACCUCUGUUUGUCUCUCUUUGGGACCUUGGCCUAAUCUGUUCACAUCUCUUCACCUCUGUUUCUUCAUCUGUGAAAUAAAGGGGUUAGGGCAGGUGAUAUCAAGGUUUUCAGACCUAAAAUUAUACUACCCCAAGGAUAAUUAGAAUAAUCCAAGAAAACAUUUUAUGGCUAGAAAGAGAAAACACUUUGUACCAAUCUAAAUUAGAAUUUGCCUCUUGGGAGUCAAUUAAGCAAGUCCCUCCAAGCAUCUUUCUUCACUAAAGGAAAGGACUAAAAUAAGAAUGGAAAAGAAAUCUUGCUUUCCUCCAGUGCCUUAGCAGAAUGCUGACUCUUGACUUGUGCCUUUGGACAUGGUCCGUGGCUCAGAAUGCCAUCUUCAGCUUCAUAAUAUGCUGGCCCAGGUGCCCACCUGUGCAAUGGCCAGUCACCUUUGGAGAAGAAACAUUACAGAAAAAUAAUUACUUUCUAUCACCUUUGAAGCUGUUCUAAUUUCACUGGGGUUUCUGUUUUCCUCCCAUUAAACCCAGCUGGUCAUUUUAGUUGAUCAAGUGAACAGGCAUCAUUAUCUUCAAUUUUAAUUUAUAUGAGGCAUCCACUGAAAUUGACCUCUAUGGACAAUUAUAGAUGCACAUAGGAAAUUAAGACUGGUGAAUCCCUCAAACCUAUUAGAGGCUGAUGAGCAUGGCCUGUAAUGGUAAGUAAUGUUACAUUUUGAGGGACAAUUUAUUCCAAGGACUGUGGGGCUCUUCAUCAGGAAUGUCUGCCCCUUCUUACCUGGCUCUUGAAAUCAGAUGUAAUACAGAUGACUUUAAUGGAAACACCAUAUUUAAUGUUGAUUGCUAUGAAAACAUAAGAGGAAGAGGUCAUUUUUGAGGUGACUGUGAUUUACUACAAGCAGAUUUGUGUACUUCAGAACAUUAGUAGCAGAUGCUUUAUGCAAUCAAAAUGAAUCAUUGUGUUCUGUAUUUAAAGAUUCUAAGUUAAAAGAAGUAUCCCCCCAUUGUUGGAAUUGUUCAAUAAAGCAUAGUAGGCCCUAAAGUUGUUUUUUUAAUCAAUCACAUAAGUUGGGCCUUAAAUGAACUGUAGAGAAUAUCUAGUUCAUCCCUGUCAUUUUUUUUACAUGGGAAGAGAAACUCAGUGAAGAAGUCACUUGGGCAAGGUCAUAUGGAAGUUCAGAGCUGAGGUUAGAACCCACAUCCGCACCAGAGGAUGAAAUAUUUUACAAGACACAGCCAGUCUUUGCAAUUGAAAAUUUCUUGCUGGUUUUUUUACACCCUGUCAUAUGUUCUUUUGCUUGUCAGCAUGUGUAGUUCAGUUUGAGACCUACUUUUGUCCCUAGGAAUCUUCCAAAUGGCAUUUUGGAGAAGACCAGCCAUCUCCCCCUCACCCAAGUUAUGAUGUGAUUGAUUUCAUUUGUUAGAAUUUCAUAAUUUGGGGUGAUUUCUCAUUCUGAAUUUUUUUAAAAAGUUGAGUUUUGAUUUUAGGAGGAAAAAAAGGAGACUCUUGGAUUCUUAUUUGUGUACACAUGGGGAGAAACUGACUUGUGAACUCAGGACAGUUUUAAAAUUUACACAUUCCUUGCCUCUCUCUGAAGUAUUUCAACAUAAAUGAGAAGAUGAGAUGAGUUAGUUCACAUGUGAAAUAGCUUUGAAGGAGACCUAUGCAGAAGUGAGAACUGUCCCAGAUACCUGAAAGUGUGUCCACACGCUUUCAUGGCACAGUCCCUGUCCUGAUCAAGCAGAACACUUUGUGUUAUGCAGAGACGCCUUAGAUAAGCCAAAUUUAGAGAAACCAAAUCAGUUUCUUCAGAAAAAUCAACUUAAGAGUGCAGAGGAAAGCCAACAUUGAUUUUUCUUGCAUCAACCUGACAAUUCUUUUUUUGACAAAACAAAUGGGCCAGAGUGCAGAGAUUUAAAGAAUUAGGAAGAAUUUGAAUAGAUCUUACCUUAAAGAGAAUGAAAUGUUUGGCCCAUUUUGGCACUAGGAAAAAUGUAUGAGGUGAAGUCAAUUUCUACAUUUAUUUUCCUGAUGGUACUCAGGAGUCUUUUCUCCCAAAGGAAAAUAUGUAUUUUAUAACAACCACCAAGUGAUCCUUUCUAGAAAUGGCCACAGGUAACAUCUGGCUGAUAUAUAAAAUAUGUAGUAAAAAUAAUCAUUUUUAAUUAACUAAAACCUGCUCAGGAGAGAGAGUAGAGGAAUAUCCAUCUGGUCAAUUCUUAUUUAAUAGGGCAAAUGAGGAUCAGAAUGUUUAAUGCAAUAUAUGUGAAAUACUCAGUGACCUUAUAAUGAACUAAAACUUUUUAAGGAAAAAACAGGAAUGAGAAGGAGUCAGAAGAUCUAGAAAGGACAGACCAAAAUUUUGUUUUUUAUUUAAAAAGUACAACUUGUAUUAUAAAAUAUGGAAAGAUUAUUGGAAGCCUAGAUUUUAUGUCAUUGGUUUCUCUGAUUUGAUGUCAGGGAACGUUUUCAAAAUAACUAUAUUUUAUUCUGGAAGUGGAUAAGGAUGAUGAAUAGUUUUAAAAGGUGAUAUAAAGAUAAAAGGAAUUGGGAUAAUUAAGCUUCAGGAGAAGAUUGGAAGGUACUUAAUAUCUAAUCCACUAUCCCAGGAAGUUAUACCUGUAUUAGAAUUUAGUGAGCAAGAGUUCCAUACUUCCUUAGAAGAAGAAAUAAAUUCAGGCCACACACAACGUUAGGUUAGUUCUGGGGAAGAACUCCAGUGCUCUGAAAUGUGUUAAGGUGCAUCUUGCUGUUCGCGUCUCCAAAAUGAUUCUCCUUUGCAGUAGUUUUGGUAUUCUGCCAAAGAAAGUGGCCCUCAAACUUCAAUAUACAUCAGAAUUAAGAGAGAGCUUUAUAAAACAGCAUUCUAGGUCCUGCCGGAAGAAUUUCUAAUCAGCAGUUUGGCUGGGCCUGAGAAUCUAUUUCCAAGUGCCCUGUGUUGUCAAUGCUGUCCAAGAGCCACACUUUUCAGACCACUGGACAUGAAAUCAGCUUACUGAGCUGUAGGUUCCAGAAUAAUGCAUUCAUUAAGCAGUAAAGCCCACCAGCUGUAGUACUUUUUUACCAUGAAACUCCAGGAUAAAUAUACAUAUUUUUUGGCUUUUCCUAACCAAGAAUAGGAGGAGUGAUGGAAAUGACAUUACCCCUUAAUAAUCCUUUCACAGUAGGCAAUGAAUUUGAUUUUACUUUGAGCUUAAAAACAAGUAUUGGAGCCUAGAAUAAAUGCCUUAGACAAAUUUAGAAUCAUCCAUAAAAUCUCCAAAGGAUUUCAGCUAACCAACAUUCAAGUGUGUUUGAUUUUAUCACUUUGGAACACUUUAACUUUCGAUGAUUCAAAUAUAAUAAUGUACUUAAAAUCAAGACCUAUUUUAACGGAGCCCAUGGUUUAACUUCCAUCUGGAAUGGGUAAGAUGUUCUAGGGAAAGGUAUGUUCAGAGAUACUUGGCUCUUUAGUAUGAAGGAUCUGAGUAGAUGAUCUCUAGAGCUAAUGAAAAUAUUAGUUCCUUGGCAUUUUCAACACUGAAAAAUGUUUGAAAUCAUCUUUUGUCUUUUCAUUGUGUACUCUGCCAGUAUUAUACAUAGUUAAGUUCAGUUUAUAGACAACAGAAGUCUUUCUAGGAUAAGCAGAAAAGAUACUUACUUUUCAAAGCUUGUUGAGUAUUUUACAGGAUAUCUGGGAAGACCAGAUGGUUGAAUGUAGGUGCAGCCAGCUCUGAACAUGUCCAAACCACUCUUUAAAAUGGUAGCAGUGAAGACUCAUUUAAAAUGUUACUGGAACUUGUUAUGUGAACCUCUGCCUUUGCCCCAGAAAACUGUAUUUAUUACAGUGUGAAAGGUGGAUUCUUCACGUUGCUCUGUUAGGUAUCAAGUUCCCCGGCAGUCUGACUCUUAGGGCCUUGGUCAUGUGUUUCUGCUCUUGUUGUCAGCUAAGAAAGCAAAUCAAGGCUGCCUUGGGUACAGCAUACAGUACUCAAAAGAUGUUUGACGGUCAAGGGAUCAUGACAGUUGUCAACUACAAUAUAACAAAAUGGAGCUGGAGAAAAGAUGUAUUAUACUUUUUCGUAGGAAAGGACUCAAUGUCCUUUAGUUGUAUUUGCAUUUUCAAUUAGUCUCCAAAGAUGACCUCUGCAAAGUCUCCCCUCUUGGUCUCAUACAAAUAGAUGCAGAGAAGUUUUAUGGAGUUUUAUUCUCUCACUAGCAACAUUUAGUGGCUUUUCCUCUAAAUACUUAAAGUUCUGUUUAGAUGGCUGUCUGCUGAGUCUGUUGACUUCUUACUAAGAGUAAUGACUAGUUUUUCUAAUUCCUUCCCUCAUCUUUCACCUAAACUCAUCUGACUCUGAUUAUAUAAUUUUUAUGAUAUUUUUAGACUUUGAAAUAUUCUUAUAGCCCUAAUAUGUGGUUUAUUAGCUUUAAUAAUCUUUCUGUUCUCUGUUCUAUUAGAUGAGAAAGUCUACUUACCCACCCACACUUUGUCCUUUUUGACUCCAAACCUUUUCUGUGUUAUUUCUAUAUUGUUGGAGCUUAUAACAUUUAAGUUCUGUUCUGUGACCAUAAUCUUCACACUUGUUUAUUCUUAGUCCUAAAGCUAGAUGAAGUCAAUACUCAUGACCAUUUCUCCCCAUUGAUCUCUUUGAUUUUCAGAGUUUGGCCUCUAAUAGUUUCUUCAAGAAGGGUGUGGGGACUAUAUUCCCUCCAUUUUUCCAAGUUCAAAAAUGUUUACUGUCCCUACACUUUAUGACUAGCCUUAUACAGUUCUUAGAUCACACCCUUCAUUUCCCUGAGAACUUCGUCCCAUUGUCUUUGAACUUUGAACACUGUUGUGAAGAGUAGCAUUAAACUUUGUGCUGCAGUGCACAACUGAUUUUUCUCUUAAUUUUAGUAACUUUACUAAAACAUGAAUCAAAGUUGAAUGUUUUGUGUCAAUUUUUCCUGGGUUUCAGCAUGCCUUCUCAAGUCUAUAGAUUCAUGACUUAUAUUUUUGAAAAGUUACUUUGAAGUAUACCUUUGAUCUUUUUCCUGUUUUCUUACGAUUUUUUAACCUCUUCUUCAGGAUGCUGGUUAUUAAAUACAAAAUCUUUUUAUCUGUCCUUUCUAGCUAUUAUUUUCUCCAGUUCUUUUGAAUUAUUUUUUCUACUUCAUUUUGCACUCUUUUUUCCAUUCCUGUCAUCCUUGUUAUUUCCAUAUUUCCACCACAGUCUGGUUACUGCCAAUUUAAUAUUUGUUUCCUGGGCUCUAUCACAUCAUGUUCAUUUCUUAUUGUCUUGCAGUGUCUUCCCUGAGCCCUUGUAUAUUUGAUAUAAACUCUUGCUUUAUGGAUAAGGUAGCUUUGUUUGGGUUUUUGUUUGUUUUUAAGUUGAUGGCAAUAUCUUUGGUUUAAAUUUUUAUCUAUUCCAUGCAAAUGUCUUUCCUGGCAAGUAAUCUUUUUUCCAUUUUUUCCUCAUUUAUUUAUUCUCAUAUUUUCUCAUAGUAGUUUUGCAUAGGUGCUCAUUUUUUAAUGAGGUCAGUUUUUUCUGGACCCACUACAGACAAGAAGUUUUGUGGAGAUAUGUCAUGCCUAUGCCUAGUGGAAAUUCUUGUUAUUUGCAGACAUUUAAGUUCCUUAUGACUCAGAAAUGAGUAUUUGUUUCUUUGGGCCUUCACUUUCCCUAGGGACUGGAGAUGAACAGAUUUAGGGUUACUCAUGGUGCCAUUCUCUUCUGUGGCCCUUCCUCAACAACAGGAUGCUUCCUGCAAAUACGGUUUGCUGUAUGAUUUUUCUUUUAUCUUCACCUCUCCUCCUUUUGGAUGCCAGACUGGACCCUGAACAAUGUCUGGUGUCAGCCCAUGGACCUAUUUGUAGAAGAUCUAGGUUCAUCUUCCUGGUUUGUGCCACCUACUUUGAUCUACAGCCUUGGUCUGAGGCUAAGGAGUUGGAAUUUGCAUUAAGUGUUACAUUUGAAUGGAAGAGUUGUUAAGUUUGGAAUGAAUAUAAAUUCUAAUUCACUUUGAAAUAGUAGAAGCAACAGUAACUCUAAAACCGAAAGUGCUAAGAAAUGGGGGCUGAAGCUGCAAUGCCUGAGGCAUCUGUUAUUAUUCAGUAUCUCACCCUCAGAUAAAACUUAUCUUCCCCAUUGGAAUGUGGAGGGGAAUAAUAAAUAAAACUGAUUCUGGGAAGCGCCUGGCAUGUAGAAACUGUGCAAAAAUUCCAGUUAUUCUCUACAAAGCUGGAAAAUCAGACGUUUAAAAAUAGACUUAUUUGAGCAAUACAAGUCUAAUCUUUUUAUAUGCAUGAACAUGUGCUUUCUGUUCCAGUUCUACCUACUGGGCACCCUUUAAACUCAUUCAUCACUAAGCAACAUCAGAAAAGAAGGUUCAGAUCAGAAGCCAUUUCUCACUUUUCUGACUUACUGUAAAAAUGGAUUUCUAUCAUUCUUACAAUAAAAUUAUUUUUGCAUUUUGUCUUUUUCUGAGUCUCUUUCUAUGGCAGGCAGGUUGCAGGAGCAGGAGGAUGCAAAGGGUGGGGUGGGGUUUAUGCUAUGUAGUGUCAAUUUUACAAAGCAGAGCUGGUAGAAGGAUCUCUAACCUGUAGCUUUGCAAGUCUGGGACUUAAAAAGUCAAGUGGAGAGAAAUCUGUCACUAAAAGGCUCUCAGUACAGCAAAGACACCAGUCUGGGAUGGAUAUAGGGAUCCAGACUUAACUAGGAAAUUGCAGACUAAGGACUUGGGGGCCAGUGGCAAACAAGUGAAGCAGGGGUGGUCUAGGUCAGAGAUCUGGUUGAUCUCUGUAUUCUUCCUUCACAAUAGCACACUAUACCUGGAACUUGGCACAGGGGCAGAUAGACAGUCUUGCAUUUAGUUUGUCUACAUUUUUUUUGGACCCCCUUGAGUGGAAACUCUGAAGGGCAAGCUUGUCAUAAACAGAUUUGACCCCACUACAAUAUCCUGCACAGCAUCUUACAGAGAAUGGAUGCUCCAGAUUUACAUGAUGAUUUAAAAGAUAAUUUUUGCUAUGGAUAAAUACAGCCAAUUAUAAAAUGAGACCAGUCCACAAAUUAAGCAUAUAGACCAAGGGGGCAUAUAGGUAGUCCAAAAUACAGCAUUGCUAGGGACCUAAGUUCCAAAUAGCAGUUUUUCAUAAAAUAGCUCAACUUCGAUAUAUUUUAACUUUGGAGGUGGGAUAGGGAAAUGGUACAUUUUCAGAUGCUGAAACUUGCUGGAUGAGUUGCAAAUGUAUGAAAAACAGUUUGGGAAAACAAUUUUUAUUCAUUAAGCUGUUUGUUUUGAUAGACAAAAAAAGCACAUAUCUUUUUUUAAGUGAUGUUUAUUUCAUGUUUUGAGUGGCAGCAAAAAUAAUUGUAUGUUUGAAAUCUUUGAAAUCUGUUUUAAUGCUUUUAAAAUGACUUAAGAGCUAAUGUGCCAAAUUUACUCACUGUGUAAGCCAUUCCAUGGUUGAAAGUCAGUUUCACUUUCCAAGCUUUAUGGAACUACUUAAUAUGUUAUUAGAUUAUGUCCUUUAAACUGUAGUCGCUGUCUGUAUCUGGUGGACUAAUUCAAACAUUUGACACACCUGGAGCAAGGUUUUGCAAAGGAGGGAGAUUAUAGUUGUAUAAAUGCUUGGUUUGAGCUUUAAAAAGUGCAUAUGAAUAUUUUUGGAUAUAAUAGAAUUAUGUAAACAUGGUCUUAUAAUAGGAUUUCAGUUGGUAGAUUCAAUAUUUAUGCUGAGAAUUAGCUUUCAAAAA